AUGGGGCAGGGCAUGAGGCCCGCUAUGAAAAAGCCGCGCGGGCUACUAUACGUGGGCCACUUGCCGAAGGAGUUAGAUGAGGUGUAUCUGCGCAAAUACUUUGAACAGUUUGGCGUAGUAAACUGCGUGCAUAUGCCCAAAUCUGCUAAGACUGGCAAUUACAAAGGCUACGGCUUUGUCGAAUUCGCCAGUGUUGAGACGGCAAAAAUCGCAGCUGGUGCAAUGGACAAGUACAUUAUCGACGGAAGGAUCCUGCAUGUCGAGUAUCGCGAGACUACCAGGAGGUUACGCGGAAGCGGAGGCGACAAGGUCUCCAGGAGGGAUAGGAGGAAGGCAUACGCCGAAGCUUGUAUGCGUAGCUGA